ACAUGGCGGAAGUAGUAACAGUUCCCUCACUUCCCCUAAGGUCUGAUAUGGGGCGUAAAUACGAGGACGGGAGCGGGCGCUUUUGAAGUCGUUCGCCAGUGUUCGUUGGGCGGGGAAGCCAGACCCUCCCUCCCCCCCCCCUCGCCCCCGAAGUCAUCAAGCGCAGCCCGGGCCUGGUGGUGAGGCCAUGAGCCACGGUAGCAACAGGAGCGUCGGGAGGAAGCCUCCGAGGGCGGAGGUCUUUCGCUUGCCCGGCCGCCACGGCUACGCAGUAGAGAGUUCACCCUACCUGCCCGGGCGCUUGGCCUGCGCCGCCUCGCAGUACUACGGGAUUGCAGGUAGUGGAACAGUAGUAGUAUUGGAACAAAGUGAUGCUGGGAUUCACCUGUUCAGGAGUUUUGACUGGAAUGAUGGCCUGUUUGAUGUGACGUGGAGUGAGAACAAUGAACAUGUGCUGGUCACUUGCAGUGGGGAUGGAUCUUUGCAAAUCUGGGACACGACACAACCCACAGGUCCACUGCAGGUCUACAAAGAGCAUGCUCAGGAGGUUUACAGUGUUGAUUGGAGCCAGACCAGAGGAGAACAGCUAAUAGUAUCUGGAUCAUGGGAUCAAACAGCAAAACUGUGGGAUCCUACUGUGGGACAGUCAGUAUGUACUUUUAAUGGCCACGAAGGUGUCAUUUACAGCACAAUAUGGUCUCCGCACAUCCCAGGCUGCUUUGCAUCUGCUUCAG